AACGAAAAUACUCUGUGUCCGAGACAAAGGAAUGCCAAGGUGGAAGAUCUCUGGAGUCUGACCAACUUUUUCGGUUUUGCGACUGAAACGUUUGUUUUGGCUGUGAAUAUUCUGGACCGAUUCUUGGCUCUUAUGAAGGUGAAACCGAAGCAUUUGUCUUGCAUUGGAGUUUGUUGUUUCCAACUGGCUGCCCGAGUAGUCGAAGAAGAAUGCAAUAUUCCAUCUGCUCAUGACAUCAUCCGGAUCAGCCAAUGUAAAUGCACUGCGUCCGACCUGAAACGGAUGGAAAAGAUAAUUUCAGAAAAGUUGCACUUUGAAUUUAAAGCUACUACUGCCUUAACCUUCUUGCACUUGUACCAUACUAUUGUACUCUGUCAUACCUCAGAAAGGAAAGAAGUAUUGAAUCUCGACAAACUGGAAGCACAGCUAAAAGCUUGCAACUGUCGCCUAGUCUUUUCUAAAGCAAGACCAUCUGUCUUGGCCUUGUGCCUUCUCACUCUAGAAGUUCAGACUUUGAAAUCCGUUGAGCUGUUUGAGAUCCUUCUGCGUGUUCAGAAGCAUUCUAAGAUAAGUGAUAGUGACCUGCUUUACUGGAGAGAACUGGUCUCGAAAUGCCUAGCCGAUUAUUCUUCUCCUGAAUGUUGCAAGCCUGAUCAUAAAAAGCUAGUUUGGAUUGUUUCGAGACGUACAGCCCAGAAUCUACAAAACAGUUACUACAGUGUUCCUGAGUUGCCAACGAUACCGGAGGGUGGAUGUUUCAAUGGAAGUGGGAGUGAGGACUCCUGCGAAGAUAUGAGCAGCGGAGAAGAAAGCCUUAGCAGUUCUCCUCCGAGUGAUCUGGAAGGCACCUUCUUCUUUGAACUCAAACCUAAAACCAAGUGGCAAACUCUGAGCUGUCAGUCCUAGCGUGACAUCUCAGUUGUAUUAGAUGGAGGUUUUGAAUGCACCUUUUGGCAAUAAUUAACGAGGUGGUUAUCUGUGAACUGUAUUAAGGCAAGAACCGCCGUGGUAGAUCAGUGCUUGGAAUGCCUGCCUUGUGAUUUUUUUUUCUGUUGUAAUUUUAAGGAAGAAAAAACAAAAAAUCUCAUUCAGGUCUCCAG